GUUUACUAAGAAUCGAUCUGAAAUUACUUGCCCUAUUUCUCGCAGAAUUGGAAGAAGAAAUUGAAUGUGGUUCCAUCGAUGUCAAAAAGUAUCUCUUACGCUGUGUAUCCUCUAUGCAAGAUACCUUUGGGGUUAAAGUUCAAGAUAAAGAGGACAGUCUAAAUUUUUGCAUAUCUGGCAGUGACCAAGGACUGAAGAAGGCAGUAGAUACGGUUGUUAACAUGUUUUCAGAAGGUAUAGAAGUAUUAACGCAUGUAGUUAAUCAGCCAGGGUUAAGAAAUUUUCUUAAAAGUGGCGAUUUGGAUGUACGCAUAAAGAAGAUUGAAGAUCAAGAAAACUGUUUUAUCCGAAUUGAAGAGAAUCCUGGGCCAAGGGGAACUACCUCCCAGUCCCAUGCUGAGGACAGUGCCACUGCUGGAUUUGUUACGUCAUCUGGAUCAAACACACUUGUUACAGCUCACGGACACCCGUCUUGGAAAUCUGGAGAUAUCAUGAGGGAGCAGGUAAGAUAAUGUAUUAAGUAAUUGUUGCCUGAAAGGAUUAAAAAACACUUGUGACAUAUACACUAGGCCUCAACAUAAACAUGCCUCAAAAAUACCAGUCAGCUGUAUAAAGGAUUCAUUUAUCGUUUGUCUCACGAUUGCCACUUGAAUAUUGAUCGCACCCAAAAGGCUAUUCACAUAAGGCUUCACCUUAACAAAAUCAACAGUGACAGUGGAGUUGAGAUUCCUAAGGAGUGGAUGCCUACGAUCAGAACACAUAGCCACCACAACGGACCGCUGAGAGAACAGUUUCCUCCUCUAAUAAUGUGCCAACAAUGCUUUGGAUCGAAACCCACCAGCGAGGUUCGUGAUACACCAGUCACUAACAAACAUGGUGGUACAAAGAGUCCUACUCAGUAAAUCGACGAUAAGAUGAUUUACCAGCAGAACGGGAACAUAAGUUGACGACGGCGCGCGCAAAUCUAACAACUGGCUUGACCAAUGGCACAACGACAAAUUAGGCACCGGCAGUAGGGAUUAGUCCUUUCAGCGCGCUUUCCCGUCGUCAGCUGGCCGUUCUGUUGCCAAAUCAAUCUAAUAUAAACCUGCAAUACGCGGAUGAAACGUCGCGAUCAAUUUCUGAGUAACAAUCGUGAGCCAAACGAUAAACAAAACCCAUUAUACCCAUUAUCCACGAUGAACAAUAUCUUUCAUUACAUACCUCCAUGUUGUAUUUGCGUAAAUUUAAGAUUCGUAAUCACGUGGACUGUUUCGUAGGAGUUCAUCUGUACAGAAAGUAAUGAUGAUUGAAAGUGAAGGAAUCAGCACUGUCGUAGGGCCUCCAGUAUUAACAUUUACUGCGCGAAACGAGGGAUGAUUGCUGGUGACCAGAGGAGGCCGCAAUUCGAACCUCCUGGUUGCUAUUAUACACGCUUGGCACAUAUGUAAGCAGAAUUCCUUUGGACUUUCGCCAAAAAAACUUCAUGUAGAAAGUGUAGUCUUAUUAUGCGCGUUUGUACCUUCUACCACCUCGUCAUCUGAUGACACUCGUUUUGACCUUCUAUUAUGUGAGACUUACACAAACCAACGGUUUUAACUUUCCAUAAAACCCUGAAACUCGUACGCAUUUCUCUAACUUUUGGUCAUUAUAAGUAAUAGAAAUAUUGUGUAGAACACAAGGCAAAGUCCUGUACAGUAAUAUCUAACGCAUGUCCUUUCGAUCUGCGGUUGUCCUCUUGAGGCCUCAAGAAUUAUGUUAGAUGAGACAACAAACACCUGUGAAAAAAGUCUACAUACCACCUUAAAAGACAUUCGUUUUGUUAUCUAUUAGAUCCAUUUUGAAAUCACUGGUGAUCGUUGCCAUCUGAUUGGCUCUCAGCUGUAUGAUUUAUUCACGAUUCGCACUAUUUUUUGCUCGAAAUCACAUUUGUUCUAAAUCGCAUCAUUUCUGUUCUAAAUCGCACCAUUUUUGCUCUAUAUCGCAUCAUUUCUUUUUUGACCAAAAUUGGAUGUAAAAGCCUUUUUGUUUCUUCUUUUACGAGAUCCAUAUAAUUUUGGUACUGACUGAAUUCGUUGAUUUCAAAAUGGCUCCAAUAAAGUGGUAAUUGAACUUCGUGUCGUGCAAUUUUGGUCUGAAAUCAUACUUGUGAAUUCAAAUCGAACUGGCGCUGCGCGCUCGUCCGAUUUUGAAAUCACGCGUAUGAUUUUAAACCAAAUUGCAUUCCACUCAGUUCAAUUACCAUUUUUUAUCAUAAGGAUCAAGCCCUUAUAGGUGCUUUUAAUCAGGCAGCAAUGAAAUUGCGGAAUCCGACUAGUACGGCUCUAAACACAGACAGAACUGGUGGGAUGGAAGUUGAAGUCAUCCAAGGGGAUAUAACCCAAGAAAAAACUGAAGCCAUUGUGAAUGUGAUCGGUUCUGACAUGGACAUGUACAACUUUGGACAGCUUAGCAAAAUAAUUGCAGUAAACAGUGGUCUCCAAGUACAAGAAGAAUGCAGGCGGAUAGGAAGACAAAGCCCGGGUUCAGCUGUAAUAACAAGCGGUGGGUGUUUAGCAGUGAAGAAAAUCAUUCACAUUGUGACUGGAUCGUCAGAUAAGGUACAUCUUCAGAGAUGCCUAGAAAAAGGUCUUCGCCUGGCAGAUACAAAUGGCAUCAAAUCCAUUUCUGUUCCAGCCAUCGGAACAGGUGGCUAUGGUCUCUCUGCCGCAGAAUCGGCCCAGAUGAUUUUCCAGGCCUUGAAAAAUCUGGGUGGAAACUUCAGGAAUAUCUCGAAAGUGCGCAUAGUUGUAUUCCAGGCUAAAAUGAUAAAAGCUUUUCAACAACAGCAUCACAAGAAAUCAUUAUUGACUCCUUUAACAGCUGUAGCUUCCCCUUCCAUGUUUAGCAGCCCAGUCAAAGUUGAUGUGGUAACAGGUGAUUUGACCAAAGAGUCGAGCGAAGCCAUCGUGAAUGUCAUAGGUGCAGAUCUGAACAUGAACAACUUUGGGCAACUUAGUCGAGUUAUAGCCCAAAACUGCGGUCCACAAGUGCAACAACAAUUGAAUCAAAAGGGAACUCAAACCUUAGGUUCAGCUGUAAUGACGAGUGGAGGAACAUUGAUUGCGAGGCACAUUAUUCACUUAGUGGCCGCAACUGCAGAUAAACAGCACCUUCAGACAUGUCUUGAAAAGGGUCUCCGCCUGGCAGAUGCAAAUGUCAUUCGAUCCAUUUCAGUUCCAGCCAUCGGAACAGGUGGCUUUGGUCUAUCUGCCUCGGAAUCAGCCCAGCUGAUCUUCCAAGCCUUGAACAACAUGGGUGAAAACUUCGAAAGUAUCUCUACAGUGCGUAUCGUUGUGUUUCAGACCCAAAUGGUACAAGCGUUUCGAAGAGAGCAACAAAAAUCUUCAUUGCCCCCUAUGCCGUCCUUAACGACACGUUCCUUGUUUGAAAGCCCAAUCAAAGUUGAUGUCGUAAACGGUAAUUUGACUCAAGAGAAUAGCGAUGCAAUCGUAAAUGUUGUCGGUACAGAUCUGAACAUGAAAAACUUUGGCCAACUAAGUAAUACUAUAGAACAAACGUGCGGUCCACACGUGCAACAGGAACUGAAUCGAAAGGGAACUCAAGCCCCAGGUUCAGCUGUGAUGACAAGUGGAGGAACAUUGAUUGCAAAGCACAUUAUUCACAUAGUGGCCGCAACCGCAGAUGAACAACACCUUCAGUCAUGUCUUGAAAAGGGUCUUCGCCUGGCAGAUGCAAAAGGCAUUAAAUCCAUUUCAAUUCCAGCUUUCGGAGCAGGUGGUUUUGGUCUUUCCGUCGAGGAAUCGGCCCAGGUGAUCUUCCAGGCCUUGAGCAACAUGGGUGGUCACUUCACGAGUAUCUCUACAGUACGCAUCGUUGUGUUUCGGAAGCAAAUGACACAAGCGUUUCUACAUGAGCAACAAAAAUAUCCAUUGCCUCCUAGGAUGACUGCUUCACAAGGUAGUUCAGGUAAUAUGAAAGCUGCGCACCCGUCAAGCAAACUAACUGUCAAGGUCUGGGUUACUGGUGGUAAACACAAUGUUGAAAAAGCUAUGGGUGAAUUAAGGGCAUUGUUUUCCAGGGCGUGCAUCACCAAAAAGGUCGAUUUGGAAGGAAUUGGGUCUCUUUCGGAAAUUCAGGUUAACCAACUUAAAUUAGAGGCGGACAAGUGCGAUAUGGAAAUCACUGUUGAUAAGACUCUCCAAAGCAUAAAUCUGCGUGGGUUUUCAGCAGACUUUCCUGAUAUGGUUACAAAGAUAACAGACGAAAUAAACAAAAGGAUCAAAAAAGAAAAACAGAAACAAGAGGAUGACAACGCAAAUUUGGUUUCGAGUGUAGUUGAAUGGAGUUAUACUCUUAAUGACGGAAGAAAACAAGUAUUUGACAAGACGACCAAUGCCAGCCUGGAGAUGGCGCGUAGUAAACAUGAAUCUACUAAAACAGUGCUUGUAAAUGGUAAGCAGUUCUUGAUCGAUCUGAAAAGUGAAACUGGUCGCUGGCGGGGAAAACGGAUCAAGAUAACUAGGACUGUAAAAGGAGGUAACUAUUGUUGAAAACGUUUUUAUUACAUUUCUUUUUUUCCUGCUGACUGACUAUCCCAUUGCCUCCAGUAGCACAUACGAUUUUGUAAUGUGAUUCAGUUAUUUAUUCAGAUAUAAAGCUUUCUUUUGUUAUGGUCCUUGUUAAGGUGCUUCUACCCAUAUCUACCAAUCUAAAAAUGUUUUAGACGUUUUUUACAUGUACAAUAUGUAUCAAACUAACGUUUAUUUUAAUCGUAAUAGAAUUCAGGGAUUUAUCGUCAUUUUUUCGUGAAUGAUGAUUAAAAGCCCAAGAGCCAAUAAAAAUUGAGAUCACUGGAAAAAAGGUGAUUUAUUACAAGAAGAAAAUGAGGAAUUCCAAAAAUUGUUUGUAUUGUCUUCAAUUGUGGCAGCAAAAGAAAAACCGUGGAAAAACAGCUUUGAAGGAACAUCAAAAGUUUAAUGACGUUACGUGUUUUCUACAGAUGCGUCGACCUUGAAAAAUCUUUACUUUAUCUUCAAUCCCAGCAUUCAAUACAAGAGGGUGCGACUUAAUUAUUUGGCGCGUUUUGAUACAUCUUUGUAUUUCUCAUUCCAAGCCUUUUUUUCUGAAGACCUCGGGGGACACCCUGGGCUCAUUCUUAUGCAUAUGUUUAAAGUGUAUGCUCGAAGUGCAAUGACUGACAUCGACAAGUUUACUAGAUAUUCAUGACUGGAUAAGAUAUGGAUAAUACAAGCGUAAUUAAAUAUAAUUCCAUACUUUCUUUCUGAAAUCAGAAAGAACAAUGUCCGUUUGUUACUUUUGAACACAGCUAAUACACCUUUUCCCCUUGUAUGUUUUGUUUUCCCAAUUCAGACCACGUGAUGUUCUCCACGGAAUUGGCCUUUUGUUUUUUCAUUUAUUAUGCAUACAUAUGCACGUGGGUGUACGUGCACAAGACGAAAUUUGAAAAAAAAAAGUUCUCUGUGGUACCAUCACGAGGUCUGAAAUGGGAAAACAAAAAUUACAUGUACAAGCUAAAAACGUCUUUUUCGAGAAAGGUUGUCGGAAAAAGUGCACGCGGCAAUCCCGAAAGGUAGCGUGGGUGGUUUUGAAUUCACUGCUCUUCAAAGAAAUUUGAAAGAAUGGCACGAGAGGUCAUGGAAAUAUGUUUGCGAGUGCUAAAGGAAAGCAACAAAAGUAGGUUCGAUAGCUACAGUCGUCAUCAGGAACAGUGUAUUGAUCAUAUCCCAUAUUAGUACAUACUAAAACAAUGGAUAGUGUUUUUCGCGCCCUCUGAUUGGCUACUCAAAGUCGGGAUAUCCAGUGCUAUUCACUGACUGACCUCCAGCUCCUCCGAACGAGCGACGCCAAACGCGCAUAGGUUACGAGCAAAAUGGUUUCCCGCUUUGCUGCCGUAACAAAGAAAGAAAUUUCACAAAUAAUCAAACGAGCUGUUCCCGAAAUACACAAAGAAGAUGACGAAAUUCAGUUCGAAAGUUUUUACAGCUGAUUGCAGUGCUGUGUAUGCACCCGGAUUUUUAGACAUGAUUCGACGGUCAUAAUUUCGAUCGACCAUCAUGAUUCGACCAAGAGGUUACCAAGCAGCACAAUAUUUUACCUUGAAUAUCCUACCGGAAUCGAAGCACACGAUCUGAAAUUUACUUUGAGGGUAGCUUGAAAGUUUCUCUUGUAAUUCAGGAAAAGGGGACCGUGAUCCAUUUGUUCCAAACACCAAACUUUAAGUUCCUAGUGUUGGAUUUUCAGUGGUUGGUCUAGAUCGCGCAAAAUUAGUAGAAUCAUGGUAGAACAAAUGGACCGAUGAAUCCACUCUGGACAAGGAUUCAUCGGUUCAUUUGCUCUACCACGAUUCGAGUGAUCUAGGAUCACUGAUCCUGAUCCUGAUCAUCUCAAAGGAAUGCACCCUCUGUGUUUCAAGGUUCGCUGCUCUUGAACUUCGGAGUUCGCGUGUUUUCACGUUUUAGCUCUCAAGUUUUUUUUAUCUUCUUACUGAAACAUGGCAAGUUUAGAUUCCUAACCUGGAUUCCUAAGGUGAAAGCUUUAAAAGCCAGAAGAAACACAGAUAUGGCAGGGUGAAAACGAAUCGGUCCGUUCCCGCCAACAUUUAAUUUUGCUGCCUCUGCUCGUUAGUGCCGCUUUUAUUUGACAAGCAAGGAUUGGAUGCUAUGGUAACGGUUUGAUUGACGUCGAAGAAAAACCCAAAAUCCUGAAACGUUUCUGACAACGCAGGUCGCGUUUUCUCUGAAACAGGUGUAAAUAAAUGCAUAACAAUGAGCCUACGAUAUCUCCCGGCCCCGCGACCUUAAGGAGGGAAAGAAGAAUAACGUUGCUUGGCAAACCAAGGGGAUAUACGGGGCCAGGAACGUUUUCGAAAUGACGGAAGACUUGUUUGCUCAUUGUCCUGUUUUCUUUUGUUAAAUUUAAGGUAAAUUGAGCGAAGGGAAUCCUCUUCCAGACAACUGGGCUCCAAUGACAGGUCAUGAAAAAGUGACUUUGGUAAAAUUAAACACAACCUCCAUCGAGUAUCAAGACGUCUUGCGCAAGUUUCAAGCAACUGUCCCUCACGUGAAAGUUCAGAAAAUUGAAAGAGUACAGAAUCCUGAACUCUACCGCACGUUCAUGGGGAAAAAGCAAGAGAUGGAUAAAAGAUGUGGGGGAAACAGUGAACGAAGGCUGUUCCACGGAACUGAUGGGAAAAGUAUCGACGCAAUCAACAGCCAGGGAUUUAACAGGAGCUUCUGUGGAAAAAAUGGUAGGUGCAUUCAGGAGUCGAUUACUAGUAAUCGACUCCUGGUGCAUUUGAUUACAGACUCCUCUAGAGAAUACUGAACAAGCCCAUUCGUACCACAAGAGACCUUUAUUAUAUUCGCCACUUGUACAUCUCCCAAAAUGUACCUUAUUUGCCCCCCAAAAUUUUGCAUAACCAUUGUUUUCAAUUUCCCUUGGGACGGCUGUAAUACCCAGGAGAUGAGAAAAAUAAAGGUUAUGCAGACAAGGUGUAUUAUGGGAGAUGUGCAAAUGGUGAAUGGCUACACUAAAACGCGCUCUGAUUGGCUGUUUUUUUUUUUGUAAUGACCCGGCAUUACUAGCUAGGUGUCCAAGGCAUAUACAGUCUGUGUUUAACUUGAUAGUGGACAUCCUUAUGGACAUCUAUGUUAUGGUCAAUUGAUAGCUGUCAAAAAGGGUAUCCGCUGACCAGUGACACCUGACUGUAUCGCAGGCUGAAGAGUAUAACUCAUUGAGGUGACGUGUUUUAGUUAGCCGCUGACCAGUUGUUAGUUUUAAUUGAUCGCAGGUUCAGGUUCAUAAUGAAAAGGCCAUAUAAUAAUUAACUUAAUAUAUAGAUUUCGCCAGGGCUAAAAGCGAAGCUCCUAUUAACUCGAAUUUAUAAUUUAAAUCAAACAAUAAACUUGUAUUCCACAGAUCAGUUAACUUUAGAGCACAUUCAUGUGACUUUUGAGGGAAAGGUUAAGUGAUUUUAGUGAAAAAUAAUUUGCAAACAGUCCCAUAAGAGUGAACUUAUUCUAACAUCGAGUUGAUAGCCUUAUGUGUACACCCAAAAAAUAGCAAUCAUCUUCGAUCACAUUUAAGAGCCAUAAUGGCUCUUGAUCACAGUUUGUAGAUUAAGCCUGGAAAAUAAAUCAGGCCGAAUACAAAAUCUUGCCAAUAAGUCUGAGGACGUGUAUACCAACCUUUUAUACUUUAUACAUGUAUCACAUCUGAGAUGAAACAGUACCAUGAGGCGCUGUUUUUAUCAUACAGACCUCGGACAGAAUGCAGUAUUUUACAAUUUUGCAAUACAAAUUGCAGUCAUUCAAUAUUCAGGACGAUCGAAGCACGCGUGGAGUUUUAGCGAAAUCGUUAAAAAAAUUUCCAAAAUCAUCUAUACGGCUAGCCGGUUCUCACUUUUGACAAGCGCCAAAGUCGACUGUUUAGAUUAAGAUUAACAGAGUUAUACGCUUCACAUAAUAAAGAAUUUAUUACGUUUAUUUUUUAUUUAAUGGUUGUAUAACGAUGUGUAACCUUCAAAAGCGUUUGAUACGCGCGGCAUUUUGACUACUCCUGCAAGCGAUGUUCAUGAGCGACUGAAAACAAACGGCACAAAAAAUUGCAAAAGAGACUACUAACAAUCAAUAAAAGGAAAGUAAUUCGGUGAAACAUAUACAGAGACAACAAUUUUCAUUCACGAAGACAAGUAUUAAAGAGUCUCUGAAAAUCCUUGUUUAUGUUUCAAGCCGGCUUCCCGGUGUUUGCUUUUUUUAAAAGAUGAACUCGAGGCAAGAAAAUCGCUCAGAGCUUUCUUUUCCAGCCAGAAUUAUAACUAAAUAUUCUUUGGAACGUUUUCUUUCUAUUUGCGGUGAGAAAAUGUCUAAGGGCUUUUUAAAGUUCCAUAAGCUUAUAAUCAAACCGGAUACUCGGGUAGAUCAUUAUCUCAAAUCUUACUGACAAACGUGCAUAAACCAAAUAGACGCAUAAACUACGCUCGACUUCAUUAAAUUAGAUAUUAAAAACAAACAUAAAAUACAAUGUUACUCAGGCUUACCAUUCAAAAGGCACUGAAAACUAUCAAGUAAGGCCAGAAUCGCUUCAGACUUUUCAACCGUCUUACGCAUCAAGCAAGGUGAAAAAUGAAAGCGAUGCCAUCCGAAAUCGGAUUUCCGACUUUGCCAAAGCGACGUAUUUCUCAACCGAAAACCCAAUAAACAACUAGCCAUGAAUAACAGAAGACUCUUGAUAGCAGCUGAAUUUCAUUUUGUACAUUCAGUGGAAAAAAGACAGUUAAAAACAUCACAAGUUGACACAAAACUCUGUCAACUUCAGCUGUCAAAGUAAACAAGAUUUAAGAUGCUGCAUAAAUUUUCCGCACGAACUCACCUGUCAAAUUUUGACCAAUCAGAGCAUAAAAAUUAGACGUAGAGCGUGACCAACGCGUGACCUUGGUGAGAAAAGUCAAAAGCAACUGGCAUGUCUUCCCUGCCUGUAAAAACUGGCUGUAUUUUAGCUUCCGAGGUCAGUUUGAAAUCAAAAUUUUAAUUGUGCGACACAUAUAAAACACAACAUAUUCCAUAUGAAUUAAAAAAAUUAAACUUGAGCCUGCAAUCAUUUGAAAACUAGUAACUUGUCAGCGGAUAACUUCAAAAAAAUACUUGUCCUUGAUGGAUAGGCACCUGAGCCCGCGAUACGGUCAGGUGAUACUGGUCAGCGGAUACCCUGUUUUGACAGCUGUCAAUUGAUCACAACAUUGAUGUGCAAUAUGUGCGCAAUAUCAGUCUUCCUGUGCUUCCAAACUAGCUAGAAAGUGUGGGAUUGAACAUUGGUUGCCCUGUGGUGCGGACGGACGGGCGGGCGGUGUACGGUCACGUGAUUACCAAAUUUUCUGGGAUGGGUAGAUUUACUUACCCAUGGUGCUCCGCAGGCGCGCUUCGCGCGCCAGAGCUCCGCUAUUAACCUCGCCCGUUCGAUCAUUACAGGAGAUCUGAGACCUCGGUCUAAGAUUUUUCUGUAAUAAGUAGUAUUUACUAAUGUAGCAUAUUUUUAAUCACAAGUUAAAACUCCAGAAAAACAAGAUUUCAACUUUAAAGUUGUUACAUAUUUUCUGUGCCAUUGCAGACAGUAAUUUCGGGAUUACUCAAUGCCGUUGCAUGUUUAAAAAAAAAAUUUAUAUGAACAAGGAAUUUUUCCAUGAUGGAGAGAUUGAGGACUGUGUUCAAAGUUGCGAAAACAUAAAAAUCAUACCACCGGUGGCACAGUGAAACUUCAGAACAAUACAAAAUUUGAUGUAAUUUUUAAAGCUCAUAUCAGUAGCUCGAGGCUGAUUGUAAAUGAAAUGAGGAUCAAUUAUAAAAUAGCAAGAAAACAGAUAAGACUUUUAAGACCUUUAAUGCUUUUCGUACACAAUAGUGCGUGCUACCAAAACGUUACAAAGUAAAGCCUCUACUUCUAAAACCACAGCUCAUUUAGUUUAUAUGCGUCAGAACGAGUGUCAUAUCUUCCUUCUGUAGAUAACUAAUAUCCGUUCUACCCAGCAGUGUUUAAAAUCAUCUUGACGGUUCUUAUCAUUUCUCCCCAUACGGCUAUAUACUAAACCCGACGGAAUUUUCAAAAGGCUUGUAUAGUAUACGUUUCAGAGACUUGUUUGGCACUCCGCUUUGUCUAUCCUAAUGUUGAAAUUAUUAUUCUGGUUGAUACACUUGACGGAUAUAGGAAGGGUGGUGGCUUGAAAGUUUUUCUUUAUUUGAUGAGCGUGCAUUCCUAAAAAACGGGAGCGAACAAAGUCUAUUUUCGGCGCACCGGGCGUUACAAUGCGAGCAGUGUUUUCUCCAUAGCAGACGAGGACAGCACGCUACGAAGGGAAAAAACGUUUGCUUUUCCAUCGACCAUGCGCGUCCACGUGACGCCUACAUCAAAACGUCAAAUAACAUCACUCUCUCUUGUUAGGGAACUUAAGGUGACUCGACCCAGUUUUUUUUAGGGGGUACCAUCCUACUUUGAAGCUCUCUGGUAUCCCGACCUUUACUUUUAUCGUAAGUAUAACACAUAGAAUGGAUAACAUAUAGAUCAAACUACAAUAUAACAUAAAAUUUUUGGCGAUCGGAGUAAAUGUCACGUGGUUAUAAUGCCACGCCCCUUUGAGGUCUGAGUCGAAAAUCUGCUGUUCCCAGCAUUUUUUCGUGAAAAUCUCUCGGCUACACAUAGUGCGCAUUAGUGCCUUGAGCUGAACAGAGUUUCACCAAAAUCGCAAAGACCCAAUUCGAGAAACUCAGUGGUUUCCAAAUUUAGGUCAUAAUUUAUGCGAAAAUGAUAAGCAAACUUUACACGGAUUAUAUCUAAUAAACUAUGAGAUUCAUCUCUGUAUUUUGGGCAUCCUUAUAACAAGUCAGCAAAACGCUUUAGGGCCUUGUAAAUGCGCGCGAUUUCGAGCAAAGCAAACAUAUAGAAAUUAACGUUUUCGCUAUUUGUUGACGUUUGUCGGCGUUUAAGAGUCAAUCUCACGAAAAAAGCAUUUUCUUAAAAAUUCGUAGUUUUUUUUCCUUCAAAUUUUUUCAGGGCCACAAUUGAUUAACUAACUACCCGGACUCUGAAUUUGAUGGUCAUUGAAAAACUGUGACAUCAUCUUCUAUAAGUCCAAACUUGAGUAAACAUUGAAGAUUUUUAGCGUUUUGGCUGAGUUUGUGCUUUGGGAGUUGUCUAUUGUUUCUAGUCUGUAAUUAUACAGCAUUCUUGUUCAGCACGCGUGCAAUGACCGCGCUUGGCUGACUUCCGAAUGCUCACCGAGAUAUUAUAAAUUUGGUACAGUGAGACAGGCUAUCGCGUGAUACAUAGAGGUUUAACUAACAAUUUUUAAUCAAUUCUCGUGCUUCUUGUGUCUUUGCAAAAAAAUCAAGAAGUGCUACACACUAAGUCUACUUACUAUUAAAAAAAUAUCAUUUUUUCAUAGGUUUAAUGCAAGCCAAUAAUUAAACCAACUCGUGACGGGAAUAUCUCGGUUAGCAUUCGGAAGUCAGCCAAGCGUGGUCAUUGCACGCGUGCUGAACAAGAAUGCUGUAUAAUGACAGACUAGAAACAAUAGACAACUCCCAAAGCACAAACUCAGCCAAAACGCUAAAAAUCUUCAAUGUUUACUCAAGUUUGAGCUUAUAGAAGAUAAUGUCACAGUUUUUCAAUGACCAUCAAAUUCAGAGUCCGGGUAGUUAGUUAAUCAAUUGUGGCCCUGAAAAAAUUUAAAGGAAAAAAAACUACGAAUUUUCAAGAAAAUGCUUUUUUCGUGAGAAGGACUCUCAAACGCUGACAAACGUCAACAAAUAGCGAAAACUAUAAUUUCUAUAUGUUUGCUUUGCUCGAAAUCGCGCGCAUUUACAAGGCCCUAAAGCGUUUUGCUGACUUGCAAGGACCCAUCUGUUAUAACGAUGCCCAAAAUACUAGGGAUGAAUUUCUUGGUUUAUUAGAUAUAAUCCGUGUAAAGUUUGCUUAUCAUUUUCGCAUAAAUUAUGACCUAAAUUUGGAAACCGCUGAAUUUCUCGAAUUGGGUCUUUGCGAUUUUAGUGAAACUCUGUUCAGCGCAAGGCACUAAUGCGCACUAUUUGUAGCCGAGAGAUUUUCACAAAAAAAUGCCGGCAACAGCCGAUUUUCGACUCAGACCUCAAAGGGGCGUGGCAUUAUAACCACGUGACAUUUACUCCGAUCGCCAAAAAUUUUAUGUUAUAUUGCAGAUUGAUCUAUAUGUUAUCCAUUCUAUGUGUUAGACUUACGAUAAAAGUAAAGAUGGGGAUACCAGAGAGCUUCAAAGUAGGAUGGUACCCCCCCAAAAAAAAAAAAAAAAAACUGGGUCGAGUCACCUUAAGGUGGUUUGAUCGGGUUUUUCAGGUCAAUAACUCUCACGUUUGAGCAUGAACUACGUCGCUAUUAACAAAUAUUUGCAAAAAUUACCACCAUAGCUGUAUUAGAUAAAGAUGAACAAUUGUUAUGAUCAGGGUUACAACGACAUCGGAGUUUUCAUAGCAACGAUUUUAUUUGAACAGCAGUAAACAACAAUGCAUUUGACAUGUGCUGAAACGUCGGCUAUUGUUGUUCACGAAAAUAUGAAACUUGGAGAAAAAUACACUGAAUAAUGAGAGGCUCUCACUUGUAAACACAAAACGUCGGACAAAAAAUUAGCGAAGUGUCGCCCUUAUUUUACUGCCUUACAAUAUAUCAAUAAUCUUGAAACUCAAAGGUGAUAUAAAACGACGGUUACUCUCGAGACUCUCAAGAAAAUCUAUCAAGCGAUUUCAAAAUUAUUCUCUUAUUUGUUAAAGUAGAUUAUAAUUUAUACAAACCGCUAACAAGAGGGCCUCGAUACAUGCUCAUCAAAUCCUUCUUUCUAGCAUCGGCUGGAGCUAUCUCCAUGAUCUUUCACGCACGUUUUUAAAAAGACUGAAACUACUACUAUGAGGUGAAAUUGCAUUUCAAUGGCGCUUUGUUUUCUACAGAUAAGGACCGAAAAUUAAGAUUGUCCAGGUUUUACCGUAUUUUUAACCAUUAAAACUUCAUCUCAAAAUAUCUCGACAACGCUUUACUGGCUCUUACAGAUUUCGCUUAAACUUCACGAGCAUCAAGGCGGCUAUUGGAUGAAAAAGCUUCCGUGAACGAUUGUGGAAAAAGAGUUCCCAGUGGGAGAAAAUAAUACGGCUGCUAUGACAACUCCGAUGUCGUUGUAACCCUGAUCAUAACAAAUUUCCAUCUUUAUCUAAUACAACUAUGUCUUUUUCUGAACUAAGAUAUGGUACGUAGGAAUUUAACUCCAGUUGGGUUCGCCUACAUUUGACCAGGUUAGUGGGUAGGAAUAAUCGUGAUAAAGACAGCAGUUAGAAGCGUAAGCAAAUGCGCGAGAACCUUAACUUGUUCUUAAAUAGGUUUUACCCGUUCAAAGUUAAUUUAUUCGUCCAUGGCGCUUGACGGAAGCAAACGGUGAGCUUGCAGUGGUUUCUUAACUUUCGUUGCGUAGCGUCCAGCCUGGAAAAAACCUCUGCAAGCCUCUGCCGACAACCGUUCAAAUCCGUCCAGAAAUCUGGACGAAUAAAUUAAAAAAACGGGUUUUUUCUUGUUCUUGACCGGUUUAGAGCAUUGCGUGAGUCUCGCGGCAGAGGCUACUUUUCGCACGCCAGCUCAUACUGCGAAAAUGUAGCCUCUGCUCGCAGGAUACCAAGCGAUGAUUCUUCUGGGGAAUUACGUAUCUGCGUAUGGCGGUUUAAUCUUUUCGUUUUUUAUUCAUAGUAGUAAAAGGUUGUAUUAACAUGAAUCUGAAGAGUGAAAUAAUGAUAAAUGUCAUCAAUGAUGUAGUCUAGCGAGCAAAUGGUUCUGGUAGCAUUUCAUCGUUAAAUUUCCCAUUAUCAGCCUGGGCUUCUUUUGGGACAAAAUCCUGGGGCAAAAGUGAAUAUCUAAGAUCUAAGAUAUCCAUGAGGAACCUUGCCCGCGAAAAUAGGCUACGAUUUCGGUUUUGUACUUCAGGCUGACUUAGGGUCUACAAGAAACACGCUUUGUUCUUGUUGUUUUUAAUGUUACAGGGACGUUUUAUGGACAUGGUGUGUACUUUGCUAGAGAUGCCUCCUAUUCGCGUGGUUAUACAGGAGGGGCAAGUGGUGGUGGUGCAAUGUACCUUGCCCGGGUUCUGGUGGGAGAGUAUUGUCAAGGACGUCCUGGCAUCCUCCAGCCUGACCCCAAAGACAAGCGCAGGAUCGACAUUCUAUACGAUUCGGUAGUUGACCGUACAUCAAACCCUACAGUCUUUGUCGUUUUCAACGAUGCUCAAUGUUAUCCUGAGUACAUCAUAAGGUUUUAGAAAAUUUAGAAAACUGUCGGCUGUAGACUAGUAGAUAGUAGAGAACUUGAGAACCACGACGACGACUUUGUCGACGACGACCGGAAGUGAGAUACCGUGCACUGCGCAAGCGCGAUUAGCAAAUUUCGUCGUCGUGGUGUCGUUGACGACGCCAAACACAGUAGAGUCACGUCGUCCUGCAAUCCACAAGCUUUUGCAGGUAUAACUCCUUGUUUUUAAGCGAUUUUUCAAGGGCUUUGUAUUUUUUAUCUUCGUAAAUCCAGGUAUCCUUUCUUUUUUCUCCUAAGAAGCGAUGUUGAUUGAAAAUUCGACUGAUGAGUUGUGUUUACUUCGAAGACAACACUGAGCUGUAGAGGCCGAGCGAGCGAACUCGUAAGUGAUAAAUUUAGUUGUACGUAUUUAGGAAAGGCAAAUCAUAUAUUUUUAACAUAGAGGAAAUGAAAUUUAUUUGGAAAACAGCUAUCGCAUCGGAAUGUCUCUUUUUCCAAAACAAUGAAAGUAGACGUACGGCUUAUAAAAUAAGAUCUUGCAUCGUUUUAAACGACGCCUCUGCGAAAAAACUUUGUUGCGAACGAACAUCACAGUUCUACUACUUUCUACUUGUUUGUUUACAUUCAGUGUCGUCGUCGUCGACCUACCGAUCGACUGCAU